UAUUUCUCCAGCGUUACGACUUUUGAUGAGCGAUAGUUGAGCCACGAAUGCAUGAAACGUGAUGAAAUGAAUUGAACCCAGCUCACGAGACUUUGAAUGGACCGGGACCGAUCUAUCGAACAAUGGAAUGUAAGUCACAGUACAGAGCCAUUUGGUGUAUGUAUGUACAUGGUACAGAUUGACAUGAUCUUAAUGUUACUGUAUUUUACUUUACCCUUUCACCACAAUCAUCUACCGCGGACAGCACAUAUAGCAUAGCUAUUCUUUUCCUAGGGGCUACAGAACAGGCAUACAUUUUUAGACAUACAUACAUAC